AUGCCGGUUACCAGGUCACAGAAGGAUGCCCCCUCACGUCCCGGGUCCCGUCCCUCAGAUAAGGACGCGACAGGUGAAAUGUCGGGAUCAGAAGGGGUCACAGACCGCGGUUGCAACUGCCACACGGCGGCGUCCGAAGAUAACGGACAGAAGGAUGAAGCCGCACAGAAGGAGACGACCAAGAAGACUUCAGAGGAUAUUCCAGACAAGGGCGUUCAUGGCUCUGCCACAACCCUUAAGGCAAAGGGGGUCAGUCGUCGCGCCAGGUCCAUGAAGACCACGAACUCCUCAGCCAGGAGAUGGGAGCUGGAAGCCAGAGAAGAAUUAGCACGCAUGGAGAUGAAGCGAGCUCAAGCUGCGGCGAAGCUAGCACGCGUCAGAUUAGAGCUGGAAAGUGAAGAAGAGGACUCCGUGGAUGGAGCAAGAAGACAGAACAGCAUAGGUGCAGAACUGGAUCGAAACAUCAGUAAUGGAAGAAAACAACAUGGGAAAACACAAGAAACGAGAUCAGCACCCUCCGAAAGAGCCAAAUGUGAAGCCUGA